GCCUCGGCCCGGUUCCGUCCCGCGCUGGUGAGAGGCGCUCGCUGCGACGGCCGUGACGCGCGCGUGACGUAAGCGCGUAGCGUGCGAGUGACGUGGUCCCCGGGCAGGCGGGCGGGGCCGGUUUGAACGCGCAGGAGACGGGGCGAGAGCGGCGCAGAAAAUGGCAGUGAAUGUGUAUUCUACUUCAGUGACCAUCGAGAACUUGAGUCGACAUGACAUGCUGGCCUGGAUCAAUGAGUCUCUGCAGCUGACACUGACAAAGAUCGAACAGCUCUGCUCAGGUGCUGCAUACUGCCAGUUCAUGGACAUGCUCUUCCCAGGGUCUGUAGCGCUCAAGAAAGUGAAGUUUCAAGCAAAACUGGAACAUGAGUAUAUCCAGAACUUCAAGGUUCUACAAGCAGGUUUCAAACGAAUGGGUGUUGACAAAAUAAUUCCCGUGGACAAACUGGUGAAAGGAAAAUUUCAGGACAACUUUGAAUUUGUUCAGUGGUUCAAGAAGUUUUUUGAUGCGAACUAUGACGGGAAGGAGUAUGAUCCCGUGGCGGCUCGGCAAGGCCAAGAGACGGUAGCACCAAACUUUGUUGCUCCAGUUGUGAACAAACCCAAGAAAUCUCUCGGCUCCGGCUGUGCAGCCCCACAGAGGCCCAUCGUUGCACAGAGAACUGCAGCAACUCCCAAAGCUGGGACUGGGAUGGUCAAAAAGGCUGCGGGAGACAGUGAGUCGGCAGGAUUGAUUGAGCAGAUCAAUGUAUUGAAACUCACUGUUGAAGAUCUGGAGAAGGAGAGAGACUUCUACUUUGGGAAAUUGAGGAACAUUGAGUUAAUCUGCCAGGAGAAUGAAGGGGAGAAUGAUCCAGUGUUGCAGAGGAUUGUGGAAAUUCUUUAUGCCACAGAUGAAGGCUUUGUGAUACCUGACGAAGGAGCACCACAGGAGGAACAAGAAGAGUAUUAACAGACCACAUACUGUACCAGCAGAGCAGCAACAUCAGAAUUCUUUGCCCCAGAUCAUGUGCUUAACUGUAAAAUACUCCACUUUAUUCUUAGAGGACUCACUGGUUUCUUUUCAUAAGCAAAAAAGUACCUCUUCUUAAAGUGCACUUUGCAGAAGUCUCACUUUUUACAGCGGGUUUGAGUUAGGAGCUCUUUCUCACUUGGUAGCAGAGCAGUAUUCACAUUGAAAUGGUAUAUUUAGGGAGCAAGAGGCUGAACAUUUGGAACUUGUUGCAGAAAGGUUUGCUGGUAAAACACUGGUUUGUGGGAAGACUCUUUGUAUCUAAGGUGGUGUGUAGUAGAGAAAUUAAAGACUGACUCAUGGUAAGAUUGAGUUAAUGUGAAAAUGCAGCACAGAAAUUAUUAUAAAAUGCCUUAAGAGUAUUUAAAAUAUGCCUCCAUAUGCCAAAUUGAAGUAAUGUGACAGGAGAUUUUAUGUGCUUCAUACUGGGGUAGACGUUAACUCCACUCACUGCUGGCUGAGAGGCCUUGCGUGGCAAUCCCGCCUUGUCAGCAAGUGCUCAAAAGGGGCUAUGAAAACAAAACUCCAUUCCUAUGGAAAGCUGCUUACUAAGUGAUUAGUUCUCGAUGGAAUAGGCCUCAACGUUGCCUGUCACAAGAUUAGAGGGAGUAUGAACAGCUGAGACACAUAAAUUACCUUGAAGAGUGCUAAAGCCUUUUUCUGUGGCAUCGUGGCUAAUGACCUUGCUAAAAUGUACUGUGUUUUCUGUAAGAAAUAACAGCAAAACAAGCAAAGGGCAUCCAGUCCUACUGGCUGAAAUGUUCUUCAGAAGUAACCUUUUCCUUCCUGGCUCUUGGUUCUAUUUGUCCUGUUGCUUUUCAUUUUUGUUGAUACACUUUUUGAUCUCUCACUUGUUCUUUUGCCUUUCCCAUCCCAAGGAAUGCUGAGCAAAUCCAGCAGUUGUAACGGGGCUUGUGCUGUGCAGUUAGUUUAGAAUGAAAGUGAAUUGAGCACAUGAGGAUGAUGACUUUUCUGUCCUUUUUCUUCCCCCCCUUUCAAGCCAGGGCAUAUCUGAUACUACUUGCCAGUUCAGUAGUCUUCUGGGGUAAAAACUAAGAGGUGCUGGCUAACAGAGCUAAUGUUAUUGCAGAAAAUACAGUACUGAGACUAACUUAAAUAUUAAUAUUUAAAGUCCUUUCCUUACCUGUCCUUUUUUGCUACCAUGCCCCUCAUUACUGUUGUGUUUGGCAAGAUCCUGCAAGACUUCUGAUCCCCCUUCACUACUGAGAUUGAUCAGUCCUGUUGUGCUUGUACUCAUUUGUUUCUGGUGGUAGCUUGUCCUAAAAUGUGUGUAGGAGAGCAUCUUAUGGUAAUUGUUGUGUAGUGCAUGAAUCUUCGUGAAAUUCAGAGAAAAACCCAAAUUCAGUGAAUGCCAAAAAAUGCAAGUAACUAGCCAUUGUUUAAAACUGCAGUGGUGCUAUUUCUCUGUGGCCUUUGAAACUUUGGUUGCCCUAAAGCUCCGUUUUACUGAGAAACCGUAUCUGACUUGGAUUUUUCUUGACAGGGUUUUUCUACUUUAAGCAGUUUCUAAAUAAAGUUCUGUAUUUCAAGAGUG